CUUCAUUAAGACCACCUUUCCCUCGUCACGGAUAACUGGCUCUGAAUCUUGAUCGAGGAUCCAAGUUAUUUCCGGUUAUCUCUGGUCAUCCUUGUGCCCAAUCAUCAAGACAGCACACCUUGCUACACGUCUUCUGAUUAUGUUCCGGCUUCUCACGUAUAUAAAGUGCUAGGUUUCGUCUCCCAGUAUUAUCUGUGCCCAUCUCUCGGCGCUGUCCUGAAUCAUGUUUGGAGUCAUCCCUCUGAGCGUUGCUCUGUUCGCAGUCUCUUCGGUAGUGACUGGGACUCCCACUCCCCGCGCCAUGACUGUUCAUGACCAGCGUGUUUCUGCCCCCAACCGCUUCGUCAAGACGGAUGCGGCAGAUCCUCAGGCUAAUCUGAAUUUCCGGAUCGGUCUCACACCAAAGGAUAUCGAUGGCCUCGAGAAAGCCUUGUUCGCCGUCAGCGAACCAGACAGCGAUCUAUACGGGCAGCAUCUUAGCUUCGAUGAGGUCAAAGCAUUCAGCGCGCCAACUUCAGAGGCAGUAACCGCCGUCACUAACUGGCUUGCCGAUAACGGGAUCACUGACGUUAAAACCAGCGGUGCUUUCGACGACUGGCUGACAUUUACAAUUCCUGUGGAAAAAGCCAACACGCUCCUCAGCGCCCAGUACGAAACUUUCGUACAUACCCAAACGGGGGAACAACUCAUCCGUACUUUGACUGCUUCGAUACCGUCAGACCUGACCGACUUUAUCGAAGUCGUGCAUCCUACGACGUCUUUCGCGAAACCUACUUUUGGCACGAAACCCGUAGUGUCCAUUCCUAUAACGUCUAACCUUACCGAGCGAGCGAAUCCAGCUCCGUCGGCGUGCAAUAGUAUCGUCACACCUGCUUGUCUACAAGCUCUCUAUGGUAUUCCGGCAACUCGUGCCACCCAAUCGACUAAUCAUUUGGGUGUGUCUGGUUUCAUCGAUCAGUUCGCUCAGACGGCAGAUCUUCGAACAUUCCUGACUAAUUUGAGGCCUGACAUACCCUCAACGACGACAUUCACUCUGCAGACUCUCGACGGUGGUCGGAACGUUCAGAGUGCGAGUCAGGCAGGUAUUGAGGCCAAUCUCGACAUUCAAUACACGAUUGGUGUUGCUACCGGUGUUCCGACCUUUUUCAUCUCUGUCGGCGACUCUACAACCGACGGUCUUGAUGGUUUCCUCGAUAUCAUCAACUUCCUUCUUGCCGAAACUAGCCCGCCUCAAGUCUUGACGACCAGCUACGGCUUCGACGAGACGGACCUUCCGGCUAGUGCCGCAACACGCUUGUGCAAUGCAUACAUGGCUCUCGGUGCUCGAGGCGUGUCAAUUCUCUUUGCAUCUGGCGAUGGUGGUGUAGGUGGUGGCCAGCAAGGCGAAACUUGCACAAACUUCAUUCCUGCAUUCCCUGGAGGUUGUCCGUUCCACACUGCUGUAGGCGCAACACAGGGCGUAACGGAGACUUCCGCUAGCUUCAGCAGCGGUGGUUUCUCUAACGUUUUCGCUCGCCCGUCUUAUCAAGCUUCAGCUGUCUCCACCUAUCUUGACGCACUCGGUAACACCAAUGCCGGAAGGUUCAACGCCGCAGGCCGAGGAUUCCCCGACGUCGCAGCGCAAGGUAAUAAUGUUGAGAUCGUGGUUGGCGGACGAGCAGGCCUAGUUGGUGGAACCUCAUGCUCAAGUCCUAUAUUUGCGAGCAUCAUUUCCCUUAUCAACGAUCGCCUGAUUGCAGCGGGGAAACCGGUACUCGGCUUUUUGAACCCCUUCUUGUACGCUAAUCCCUCUGCGUUCUUCGAUAUCACUACCGGUGAUAACCCUGGAUGUGGUACUAAUGGUUUCCCUGCACGAGCUGGAUGGGAUCCUGUCACCGGUCUCGGUACACCCAACUUUGCAGCGUUGUUGGCAGCGGCAGGCUUAUAAGAGAUCAGUUCGAUAUUUGACUGUUGUCGUAGUGAUAAUUUUGAAGCAAAGA